AAUUUAGAAUUUAAUAUAUAGUUUAACUCAAAAAUACAGCCAAAUGGAGCCCAACGAUGAGGUGGUCGAACGCCAGAAGCUGGUAAACGAUGUGGAAACGGAGGAGGAAGCCCAAAGCCAAAGUGCACCGAAAUCAGCCACCCCCGCCUCGCCCGCCGUUCCAAAUAUCAAAAUCAAGGGAAUCUCCAGUGGAGAGACGACGCGCAGCAGAAACUCCGCCUCCUGUUCAAUAGAACGCACGAUAUCCGAAAAGGAGAAGGACAAAAGUCAGGGACAGGGUCAGGCGGCCACCAAGGUGACAUAUGUGAACGAACGACGGCCACGCCCACAGGCGCAUGUGGGGAGUGGCGGAGGAGGAGGAGGUGAUGAAAGAUUCGAGUUCAAGACCCGGCCACGAAAAUUGCUCAAAGAUCGUGAUCCAUUGGAACCCACACACAGCAGUGCCAACAGCCUGAAUGCAAUCACUUUGGUGAGCAGCGAGUGGCUGGCACCUGAACCCACAACUAGCACCAUUACACCCAAGAACAGCAACAACAACAACAACGAUAGCACAAAACCCAACAAUAACAAUCAACAUAAUAACAGCAAUCAGAAUACACCGAAAUCGCAGCGUCGUAAAAAUCCGACAGCUUCGAUGCCAAAUGCCAGUGUCCACAGCAAUAAAUUCGACGAUCGUCCAAUAAAACAUCAUUCCUUUGUUUCCGAAGUUCCCGAUGUGAAGCACAUGGAGCGAGCCCUUCUAGGAUUGCUGGAUGAUUUCCAUUCCGGCAAGCUGAAGGCAUUUGCAGGUUCUGGCUGCACAAUGGAUCAGAUGACCAAGAUCCGCGAGCAGCAGGAGAGCCUGGCCAAACUGCAUUUCGAGCUGGCUGCCGCCGAGGAGGAUUCCCUGGAGCAUGGCAACGAGUUCAACACCAACAAGGCGCAGGAGAAUAUGCUGCAGCUGAUGCAGCGCCUGGAGCAGCUAUCCAUUUCCAUCGAACAGCUACAGACGAGCCACACGGGUCUCUGAGAUUUGGCCCAGCCGCAGGCCUGGGAUCAACGCCUGCUUUGGCUCUAAGUACACCGGAAAAAAAGAAGGAAAAUCUGGGGAGGAUUCAGGAGUUUUACACGAGAUUAGCGACGGUCACCUGGGAUUUUGUGUAAAUAUUUUAAGUUGUACGCUUAAGUGGGUGGACUCGAUGGGCUUCUUAUGCUAAAUAGUUUAGCAAACUCGCAGUGAUUGUGAAAAACUAAUUUAGAUUGUCUUCGCAUAGCCAUAGCAAUAGCAUUAAAUUACAAAUAGACGGUGCCAGUUGGUUGGUGCUAAAAUGAUUAAUUUCAUUACAAUUACAAUUCGAUUUGAUUAUUGUGUGCUGCAGGUUAUCAGGCUUUGAUUACGAUGAUGAAAAAAAUCUGUUCUGCUUAUUGUUUGUUAUAGUUAUUUGCAAUAUAUAUAAACACCUAAUCAUAUACAUGUACGAAACUCGGAACCUAUUAAAGUUAUCAUUUUUAUAAUACAUA